UGCCAAAAUGCACCUCAGCUGAUUUCACCAUGCAAGAAGCACAGGAAAGGUCACAGGCGCCCCUGCUAGGUGCCCCUCCUUUCCUAGGUAUCAUUAUCCGGGCGCUGGGAAGACACUGGCUCCGACUUCUAGUAUGUAUGUGGUUGCUUCUGCAAACCUGAGCGCCCAAUUGGCAGCAAGCUGACCCUUCAGCACUCAGGCAGACCUUCCUUGUUGUUCUAGCUCCACGUUGACGGCCACCAAGCUCCUGCAAGGUUCUGAACGUGCUAUGGCUGCAACAUAAAUCAGGUGAAAAGACUCAGGUGAAGAAUUCCGAAGUUGAUGAGCUGAGGGCGAUGGCAGGCCAGUUUCCUGCAGGGCACGCGGCACUAACAGCAUUAGCUGAAUUGGCCCACGCGAGGCUGGCUUUCACACAGAGGCAUAGAGCAGGGCUUGACGCAGGUACAAGCUCUGCUGCAGCUGGGGGCUCUGCUGGGGCGAAUGCGCACGGUGCGAACGGGCAUGGUGUGAAUGUGCACAAUGGGGAAGGGCCUAUGAUUCCCCAGCCAGCAGGUGCAGUUCAGAAUGCUUUGAGGAGGCAAGCAACUGAGGAAGAGGAAGCGGAACUGGCAACGCAGGAAGAGGAAGAAGCGCUGUUCCUGGGUCUUGUGGAACCGGACGAGAUCGACAUGAUGGACUUUAUUGAUCCAGAAGCUGAGGAGUUCGACCAGGAGAAAGAGCUACAGGACUGGGAGACCGCGCAGCGAGAUGCAGAGUUGGCCGCUGAAGCUGAGCGCGCGGAGAACUUUGCGCUGCAGCAGGACAUGCAAGAUGUGGGGAUAGACACUGACCGCCACCGUCUGGCCCAGAUUGUGAGAGAAGGUGCACAGUGGCUCGUGGACGACCAGGCGUUCUUCCAAGCGACCUACGCGCAGAUGGCGCAGGUGCAGUACGCGACGCAGCAGCUACUCGAGAAUGUCCAUCAAGGCAUGCAGAUGGCAAUGGAGAUUGAAAGGGCGGCAAAUCUCGAGGAGGCGGUGCGGGCCCGCACGGAGGCGGCCAUCGCUGCCGAGACGCACCGCAUGCAGAUGGCGGCUGUGAAGACCCAGGCGAACCAGUGCAAGGCGCAGAUGACGCGACUGCAGGAGGCUCUGGAGAAGGAGAAAGACCGCAACAACUGCAAGAUCUGCUUCUCGAGGACCAAGAACGCUGUCCUCUUACCAUGUCUGCACGCGGACUACUGCAUGCAGUGCAUAGCGGAGCACAGGAAGCGGCGCAACACCUGCCCGACCUGCAGAACGCCCCUCUCGGGCACCUUGGAGUGCCGGCCGGCAGCACCUGACGACGACUAGUUUUCCGAUUGUUCGUUGGAUGUUGCGAAAGGUGCACGGCAGGGGCUAGUGCGCAGGAUGUGUUGCCUUUGUAAACAGGUUUUCCAGACACAAGACGGGCCGUAGUAUUGAUAUAGGCGUGUGAAUCACUCGACUGAAACAUGGUAGUUCUCGGUCAGAGAGUGGGUUUGAGUACGUUGACGUUGAAGCUUGUUGCAGACUUGGAGUAAAUGCACAACGGAUAAUCGCAGGUUGUACAGGAUUUGCUGCACCGGCAGUGGCACACCCAACACGGACAGGACUUCUGAACUUAGUUGGCGGCUACUCAACGUUUGCUUAUGCAGCCACGUCAACUUGAUUGUCGUUAAUCUGUGUACAUCUAGCCCAGUCAUUGGAGGCUCAGGCGCUUCUGGCAAG